ACAGUUCUCAACCUGAUAGCCCGAUCCAACAAGUAGAGAAGAUAUUAUCUAGCUAGCUAGUACGGAUAACUCCAGGGACACGGCUGCUGUUGAUAGUUCUUGCUUGAAGCCAAAAAGAAGCCACUAAGCCACUUGCAGCGUCAGGGUAGCGAUAGCUUUGGCUAUGCAUACCGUACCGGAACAGUAGCAUGAAAGUUAGCUCACAAUUUUCAGAUUGAUCGCUCUGUCUCAUCCAUCCCUCAAAACCAUGAUGACAUCGACAGCAACCGACGACAGAGUUUCUAGUCCGGCAGGCAAUGCCGCGAAGAUCACCAACGACGAUGGUUCUUCCAUUCGUACGGCAACGACCUGCAACGAAUCAUCUUCUCACAGCUCUCAUUCGAACGAGAUGAAUCUGUCGCCUCGUCGCCGCGUUUCUAACAGCAGUGGUUUGCUUCUGGAACGAGCCGCAUCCCAGGAGAAGUUUCGAGAAGGCAGGUGGGCCGAAACUCUGCAUGAUUUUCGUAGUACGACACCAAACAGAGGAGUGCCGGCAGCACUGCAAGACCUUGGAGGCUUCAAGUUGGGAUACUAUGAAGAUGAUGCAAGGCCAAGUGAUCUUGGCUAUGGUGCCCACUGCGGACGUCCUAGAACCGACAGUGACGGAGAUGACCUGGGAUACUACUCAGAUAGCGCCCCAAUCAAGAAGCAAGAGGGUAUCCGUCGACGUUGCUCCGUAACCAAGUUCUCACCGCAAAUCCAGGCAGCACAGUCGUUACUGGAACCUGAAGACCAGUCAGACUAUGAUGAUUUCUCGGAUGACGAAUCUUGUUUCUUCUAGGCCUGGAUGAUGCUCUACUACAACUUGUACAAAAAUGCAUACAUAUGGACACAUAUUACUAAAGAGGCGAAAGCUAUCAAGGAGGCUGCCUUUCAUAAAACCAAUAUAGAUCAUUCUUCAUUGUCG